ACUAUAAAACCGGCCAGUGUGCGUGGUGACUUUGUAUUGCAAGCGUUGGAUCAAGUCGCCUAACCAUGAUGCGCCUGUUAGUGUUGUUUGCUUUCGUGGGCUUUGCGUCUGCAUUGACCAUUCCGGAACUAGCUACACAAUUGGGAGCCACUGAGUUGGUGAAGCUUGUCACACAGGCAGGCUUGGCUGAUACGCUGUCAUCUAAGGGGCCAUUUACCGUUUUUGGACCAACAAAUGAUGCCUUUGCAAAGCUCCCUAAGUCAGUCCUAGACUUGCUGAUGAAAAACAAGCAGCUACUUAUCGAGGUUCUGAAAUACCACGUUGUCUCCGGAAGUGUGUACUCAUCUCAGUUGACCAAUGAAUUGACGGCACCUAGCUUAGCGCCACUGUCGGCAACAGCAUUCGUUAACAUCCGAUUCAACAUAUACAACGGCGGGAAGCUCAUCACUGCGGAUGGAAGCCCGGUGGUUUUGGCCAAUCAGAAUGCGUCUAAUGGGGUCAUUCAUGUCGUCAACAGAGUUAUGUGGCCUUUGCCCUUCCUGAACGUCCCAGGGCUUAUCACCAGAGAACAGGCGCAAUUUUCUACGCUUCUUACUGCCGUGGAGAAGGCCAACCUUGUCGCGACUCUCAGCGGGGGACCAUUCACAGUGUUCGCUCCAACCAACGCAGCCUUCGCAAAGAUACCCGCCGAUGUCCUCAACAAACUUCUCGCCAACAUAACUGCACUUACCGACGUCCUUACGUAUCACGUGAUCAGCGGAACCUUCUGGAGCGCCAGUCUAUCUGACGGCGAGACGCCAAAAACUGUGGAGGGAAAGACAGUCAAGAUCUCUAUCAAUGCCGGUAAAGUGAGUGUUAACAACGCUAACGUACAAGAGGCUGACAUUUCCGUUACAAACGGCGUCAUCCACGUCAUUGACACUGUCCUAUUACCGCCAUCGUUUAACAUCAAUUCUUUAUAACAUUCAUCGAAUCAUAUUGUUCACAUUUAUUAAGCAUUUCUAAAUAAAUGUGAUAUAUUCUAAUUAAAUGUGAUUUUUA